AUGUCCUGCCCGGCCACGCCCCAUGACGUCAUCACCACACCUGGUGAUGUCAUCUCCUCCUCGGACUCCUCCCACGACGCGCCUGAUGACGUCACCGCCGCCUCAAGCCCCGCCCACCGCUCACCUGCCCCGCCCACUAUUCACCUGGUGAUGUCACCGCCCCCUCUGACACACCUGGUGACGUCAUUGCCCCCACAAACCCCACCCACUACUCACCCGGUGAUGUCACCACCCCCUCUAACCCCGCCCACUACUCCCCUGGUGACGUCACCACCCCCUCUAACCCCGCCCCUGACACACCUGGUGACAUCACCGCCCCCUCUAACCCCGCCCAAGACUCACCUGUUGACGUCACCGCCCCCCCAAACCCCGCCCCCGACGCCCCCGGCCCCUCCCCCCGGGCGGCCCCGCCCUUCCCGUGCCCGUCGUGCCGCUGCCUCCCUCCCGCGGCUGGCCGUGCACCUGCGCUCGCACACAGGUGAGCGCCCGCUGGGCUGCCCGCAGUGCCCCAAGGCCUUCGCCGACCCCUCCGUGUUCCGCAAGCACCUGCGCGGCCACGCGGGGCUGCGGCCGCACACCUGCGGCACCUGCCCCAAGGCCUACGCCGAGCGCAAGGACCUGCGCAACCACCUGCGGGCGCACACGGGUGAGCGGCCGUACCUGUGCGCGGAGUGCGGCAAGAGCUUCGGCCGCUCCUCGUCGCUCUCGUGCCACCAGCGCAUCCACGCCGCCGCCAAACCCUUCCCGUGCCGCACCUGCGGCAAGGCCUUCACGCAGCUCUCCUCCUACCAGAGCCACCAGAGGGUCCACACAGGCGAGCGCCCCUACCUGUGCCCCCAGUGCGGCCGCACCUUCGGCGACCCCUCGAGCUUCCGGCGGCACCAGCGGGCGCACCAGGGCGUGAAGCCGUACGGCUGCGGCGACUGCGGCAAGGCCUUCCGGCAGCCGGCCGACCUGGCCGUGCACCGGGCGACGCGACACCGGGCGAAGCCCGCGCUGGGGGGCGACUGCGGCAAGGCCUUCGUGGCCUCCUGGGACCUCAAGCGGCACCGCCUGACGCACUCGGCCGAACGGCCGUGGCGCUGCGGCGACUGCGGGAAGGGCUUCGGGGAGAGGGCGGCGCUGGGCAAGCACCGGCGGACGCACUCCGGGGAGAGGCCGUUUGCGUGCGGGAGGUGCGGGAAGGGGUUCGGGGGCGCCUCGGGGCUGAGGAAGCACGAGAGGACGCGCGGCAGGGAGGAGGGGGGUGCGGGGGAGGGGGGCAAUAUGGCCGCCGGUAACAUGGCGGAGGCAAUAUGGCCGCCGGAACUAAUAUGGCUGAAACUGGGGGAAACAAUAUGGCUGGCGCCAAUAUGGCUGACUCCAAUAUGGCUGGCGCCAAUAUGGCUGACGCCAAUAUGGCGGCCGUUGGGGGGAGCAAUAUGGCCGCCGAGCUAA